UACACAAUUCUAUAGUCAAAUAGGCUAUUUAUUGCGGAAGUAAUGGCUUCCUAAAUUUUAAUUGCAGACAUUAUAUUAUUAAUGAUAAUUAAAUCCUGUAAACAAACAAAUAUAAAUCCUGAUGUGAUACUUUUCAGGAAAGACAAGUGUUUCUAGUGCUGUAUGUGUUAUCCGGCAUCCGUCUGCAUUUUGCAAAUUUGUAAGCCGCGUCCAGGUGAAUUUGUUACAAAGAAUCUUGAAAAAAAGGAUUUGUUUGUGUUAAAUGGAAAUAUUUCUUCAAAUCUCUUAAACAAACAUUGAAUACUAAGAAUGACUUAAAUGUUUUAUCUAUGAUUGGCGAGAAAAGACAAUAGUUAUGACGACUCACGCUAGGUUGAACAGGAAUACGAGGUAAUUGGAGACAAUCAAAGAAUCAAACUUAAUCUGCAUUAUGGAUAACGGUAGCAGAAUGAAAGCAAUUAAGAAGAAAAUUAGUAAAGAGGAAGAAGAGGAAGAUUCAGAUGAGACAUGGGACAGUGAUGACGAUGAAGAGACGAUUGCUAGGAUUCAGCGGGCGCACUUCGCACAAGCAGCAGCUAUGAACUCCCGCCGGCGGCCUGCUGCGCGCCCCCGACCUAUGAGCCACAAACGAAAAAUGGAAGCAGUGAAAACAUUUCACGAUUUCACAAAAAAACUUAAACAAGACACUGGUAUUACAAUUCGUAGUUUAGUUGGUAAUAAUAUACUAGAGUUAAGUGAUUUAGAGAGUGAAAGUAGUAUAUCUGACAGUGAUGGACUAUCAGAAGAAGAGUUUGUUGUUGAUCCUAAUGCUGUGACUGAGUUAAAUGAAGAAGAUGGCAGUUAUAUUGACCCGGAGACCGGUGAUAUAGUAGAAACUAAAAAGAAAUCUGCCAUGGUUGAAAAUAAACCAAAUGAAAUGUUGGUACCUUUAGAAGACAAAGAAGAUACUAGUGAACAAUGUGAAGAGCCGAAAACAUUAUCUAUAACUGAUAUCAUAAAUGAAGGAGACCUAGAUUUGACAAAUAAGAAUGUUGAGAUAUCUGAAGUAGAAGGAAGUGAGCUGUGUCCAAAAGCUGAGGAACUAUUGGAUAUGAAACAAGAGGAAGGUAGUCAAGAUUUUGAUAUUACUGAAAAAUUAAAAGAGAUGGGUGAAAUAAGUGUCAAACCAACUAAGAAAGAUGAGGGCGAAGAACCUUCUACUGAAUCUGGGGAAAUGAAACCUGAUACUGAUGAGGAGAAAAAAGCCAAUUUGAGUGCAUUAAAUGUCCGUCGUAACAUCAGAGAAGUGAUGGAUGAGAAAAAUCUAGAUGCAUCAACUUUGGCUGCACAGCGUCAGGAGUCAGAGCGUCUAGCUCGUGUUCAAGAACAACAGAGGAUUAUUAGAGAGGUUCAAAGGCAAAUAGCAUUAAAUCGUCAGAACAAGAUACAUCAAAAAACUUUGUCACUGCUACAAGGUGGUUCAUCAAUUUUAAAAAAAGGUCCUGGACAUAAACUGAACUUGCCCAACACAGUACUUAUGAAAUUGCCAUCUGGAGAAAUGAAAAAGUCUGCAGUUAAGCAUGGACAAGUGGAGAUUACUAAAGUACCUAAACCAACCACAUCUGGAACUACUAAAAGAGAGUCAACAUCAAUUGUGGAAAUAGUUGACAGCAGUAGUGGUGAGGAGUCUUCCUCGUCGUCAUCGGAUUCCGACGACUGUAUCAUGCUGUCGGACUCUGAAGUGCCGCCUAGUCCUGAAGCCGAAGAAGACCCCCAUAACUCUGGUUUACAUGUCAAUGACGCCUACAACAUACCUGAUGAGCAAGGCCGUGUUUUGAUCAACAUUGGACAUCCUGAAAACGAAGAAGACAUAUUCUUGGCACCUCAAAUUGCGAGGGUUAUCAAACCUCAUCAGGUCGGUGGAGUAAGGUUCCUGUUUGAUAACAUCAUAGAAUCUGUGGAAAGGUUUUCAACAUCCACAGGAUUCGGAUGUAUUCUAGCACACUCCAUGGGUCUCGGGAAGACUUUGCAAAUUGUAUGCUUCUGUGAUAUUUUCCUAAGGCACACCACUUCCAAAACUGUUUUGUGUAUCAUGCCAAUCAACACAUUACAAAAUUGGGUGGCAGAGUUCAACAUGUGGCUGCCGCUGGACGCGAGCGGCAGCCCGCUGGCGGCGCACGGCACGGUGCGCCCGCGCAACUUCCCCAUCUACGUGCUCAACGACAGCCACAAGACGCUGCAGAUGCGAGCCAAAGUUGUUAAGGAUUGGAAAACGAGUGGUGGCGUACUCAUGAUAGGUUAUGAACUCUACAGACUUUUGAGUAUGAAAAAAGAUAAGAAACCUCGUAAGAAAAAGAAAGCAGAUGCGAAGCUAGAAGCGGAGAAAGACAAGGAGAAGGAUAAACCAGAUGGGGUCAAUGAAGAUACUCAGAUUUCCGACGAGUCCAAAUUAGACAAGGAGGACGGAGAUACCCAAACGAAAUUGGACGCUGAGAUAAAAGAGGAAGUGGCUAAGAAGGAGGAAAAUUCUCCUACGGUGGAGGAUAAAAAAUUAUUGGAUGAAAUGUAUGAGGCAUUGGUUCGUCCCGGACCGGAUUUGGUGAUAUGUGACGAAGGUCAUAGAAUAAAGAAUUCUCACUCUAAUAUUUCAUAUGCUCUGAAACAAAUGAGAACAAAACGGAGAGUGGUUCUUACUGGUUAUCCACUGCAGAACAACCUAUUGGAAUAUUGGUGCAUGGUGGACUUCGUUCGUCCCAACUACCUCGGCAGCAAGACUGAGUUUUGCAACAUGUUCGAACGGCCCAUACAGAACGGACAGUGUAUAGACUCCACGCCUCAGGACAUCAGGCUCAUGCGGUAUAGAGCUCAUGUGUUGCAUUCGUUGCUAGUGGGUUUUGUUCAGAGGCGAUCUCACGCCGUGUUACAAUCAACAUUGCCCCAGAAGGAAGAGUACGUGCUCCUGGUCCGCAUGACGCCAUUACAACGCAAAUUGUAUGACAGGUUUAUGAACGAGGUCGUCCGCUCCACUUCUGUGCCAAACCCGUUGAAAGCGUUCGCCAUUUGUUGUAAGAUAUGGAAUCACCCAGAUGUACUGUACCACUUUCUUCGGAAGCGUAGCGAAGUGAACGCAGCCAUCGAGGAGGAUUUAGACUUGGAAGAGUUGGGAGGCGGGAGCAAGGGCGGCCGCGCGCGGAACAGCAAGGCGCAGGCGCGGCGGCCCGCCAAACCACGGGGUGCACCUAAAAAACCAGCUGCAACAAUACCACCAAACACAACAACGGGAUCCAUGCCGUCAAAACCUGAGCCAAAUGCAUACGGAAAUCCCCCAUACCAGCCUAACGGACCGUACGGACCAAACCAAUACAGACCAGACCAACACGGAGCCUAUCCGCCGUACCCGCCUAACUAUCAGAACUCCAACUCCGGGUACUACCCGCCCAAUCCACAAUACAAUCAAAACUACGACAGUAAUUACUACCAACAGCAGCCGCCAUACAGCAACAAUUACCCUAACCAAUAUUCUCAAAACAACCCCGAAUGUAACCAACAAUAUAACCAAAAUUACUGGGGCAACGGGAACUAUUACGGCAAUCCUGGAGGAUAUUACAACAACCCACAGUUCCCGAACAACCAACCUCCCCAUGGAGACUAUUCCAACCAACAAUAUCCCCCUAAUUACAACGCGCCUCCAAACGAACAGCCGUAUCAAGGAAAUGCCAUGCAGCCUUAUCAGAACAACCAAGAUGGCUAUGGCAACCAACAACGCCCCCCUUACCCCGGAUACAAUCAGCCAGGGUAUCCGCAAUAUAAUGCUAACGCUGUCCCUCCGCCUUACCCAAGUAAUUCUUCCUCACAAGAAUACCCGAACCAAUCAUACCCGCCCCCGCCUUAUAGCGGAGAUCCCGCCUACGCCCCCAAUACUCAAUCUAACCCAUAUCAAUAUAAUUCCCAAUCUCAAAAUUAUCCUGGCUAUCCGAAUAAUACGCAAAACUUGCCUCCGAAUCAGCCAGAAAAUGCCCUACCGAAUCCAGCAAUUAAAGAGGAGCCCAAUCCUGCUGGUUUCCCUGUUAAUGAAAUCAAAUCUGAACCUAAUGUUCCUCCAUCCUACGCUGAUCCUUCUUACGGAUACCCUCCUAAUACUAACUACCAAUCAGGAAAUGGUAACGGAAACUAUCCGAAUCAGUAUCCCUUCCCGCCUCAUCUAGAAACUAAACCGCCUUUGGGCAGCGCCAGUUCUGGCAGCCCAGUUACUUCAUGGCCCAUAACGGAACUAAAGACUGAAGUCGACAGGCUCAAAGCCGAAGAAAAAACAGAGAUAAAAUCUGAAUCAGACGGCGAAGUGAAAAUAGAAGAUUUAGACACUAAGAAAAUCGUCAAAGACGAAAGUAAGAAACUCCUAAUAGAAGCAGUUCCUGUUAAGCCUGCAGAUGUUCCUAACCCAGAAAUUGUUGCCAAGAAACCUGAGAAAGAGUCCAAGUUAGGGAAAACAGAUGUAUCGGAAUCUGACGAAGAAGAGAAGAAUACAAAGAAAGGCAAACAGAAACGUAAGGGCAAGGAGAGUAAGAAGGCUGAGAAGCCAAAACCCAGAGGUAGGCCGAAAGCGAAAGGUAGGAAGGACAGGAAAAAAUCGAAGGAGAAGAAUGAUGAAUCUGAAUCAGAGGAAAGCGAAAAGGAGGAGAAGCCGAAUAGAGAAGAAGAAUUAGCACUUGUCAAGAAAGCGGAGGAAAUGACCUAUGAUUGGGCAGCGGAAUUGUUGAAAGAUUACAUCCCAGGCAUUAUUGAGAAUUCCGCGAAGAUGGAGCUAUUCUUCUAUCUGCUAAAUGAAAGUAUAAAACUAGGAGAUAGAAUUCUAUUGUUUAGUCAAAGUUUGUUUACGUUGAAUCUCAUUGAAGACUUCUUAGAAAGAAAUUAUAUUCCCGGAACGAACUGUCUCUGGGAAAGAAAUACUAAUUACUAUAGACUGGACGGUUCCACUCACGCUUUAGAACGCGAGAAACUCAUAAACGAGUUCAACGCCAACCCCAACAUCUACUUGUUCCUGGUUUCCACUCGCGCGGGGUCGCUGGGCAUCAACCUCGUGGGCGCCAACCGCGUCAUCGUGUUCGACGCUAGCUGGAACCCCUGUCACGAUACGCAGGCCGUCUGUAGAGUCUACAGAUACGGGCAAAGGAAGCCAUGUUUCGUGUACCGCUUCGUCAUGGACUGGUGUCUUGAGAAGAAGAUCUACGAUCGUCAAAUAAAUAAGCAAGGCAUGGCCGACAGAGUGGUGGACGAGUGUAACCCCGACGCGGUGCUCUCUAUGAAAGAAAUCACUAAUCUAUGCUUCGAUAACGAUGAGAAGGAAUCUGAACCCAAAGACCUGUCGGAAUACAAAGACAAGUACAUCGACAUGCUGAUGCAAGGCAUCAUCACGCAGCACUGGCGGCUGCUGAGCAAGGAGCCGUUCCAGCAUGAGUCGCUACUCGUUGAUAGGAAGGAGAAGAAACUGUCCAGUGCCGAGAAGAGAUUGGCGCAACGAGGCUACGAGUUGGAAAAGAAGGCGGCGCUGGCGCCGAAGCCGACGACCGCGUACCGCACCGUGCGCGGCGCGGACGGCGCGCUGGUGCAGCGACCCGUGGCCUCCGUGCGCCCCAUGCAGCACGCCGCGCGCUGGAUACCCGCCGACGUCUGGCGGCGGCAGGGCAUGACUGCGCAGGAGAUGACCUUGCCUCUCGAUGUCGUGAUUCCCACAAAUUCUGCGGAGAAGACUAAUAUAGUUCUCAAAGCGGGCCAGCGAGUGAUGGUGCUGAAAUCGCCUAAAGGCAUCUACAUGCAGCUCGAAUCCGGCAAGAUUAUAGCCAUCAAAACUUCUUUCAAGGGCUUGGGAGGGCAAAAGAACGACAACAAGGACAGUCCUAUAGGAAAGAAAGUCAUAGGCAGUCGACCAAUAUCAAACAUCCCUGGGGCAUUGAAGAACAAUUCAGCAAUAACUAUUACAUCCCGGACCCCUCGAGGAGGAUUCCAGAGAGUGAUGGCUCGGCCCAACAUGAUGGGUCACAAGAUGAGGCCCAUGUUACAGGGGCAAAAGAUUGCAGAACUCCGGUCACGACUAGGAGACCUGAAAUCAUACUCUAGCAUGAGACCAAGGUCGCCUUUGCCCCACCCUAGAUUAAUAAAGCCUACUUUACCAGGCUCAGUCAGUAUUACAAAGAUACCUAGGGAUACAAAGAAAUCGGACGAUAAUAGUGAUAGUAAUCCAGCAGGCAAGAUGGACGUUGAAUCCGAUGUCGAUACGCAGGUUCUGGACAGCGAUGAUGAAGCACCUAAAUCUAGUAAAAAUGCCUCGGCUAGCAAAAGAGAAAUCAAUAUAGGAAAUCAGGAUAAUAAGAGAAUUGACGGUACAGAAGACUCUAAAUCAUCAGAUGGUUCAGACAAACAGAAGCGAAGUGAAGAUUCUAAACCUUUAGUAUUAACGACAGACGAAAAGCUCCCGGCGGAAGACAACUUUGAAGACAGAUCUGGGCCUGGAGAGACACUGGAUCUUUCAAGCUCUUCAAAACAGUCCAAAAGGCCGAUGUCCGGGGAUAUGACAAUGGAAAGCGAAAGGAUGCCAGUGGAGCAUGGACAUUUAUCCAUGGAUGCAAUAUUAUCUGAAGAACGGUUGGGGAAGAAGACAAAUUUAUUGAAAAAUUACAGACACCAACGUCUGGGCAGUCGAACGCAAAACGAAUCGAGCCUCAGUCAGCUAGAAAGAACGGCUAGUGUAAUGAGUAAAGAAGGAAUGCCCGAUUUCCGCAAGAACCUAGAUGAUAUUACACAGUCUUAUUCGCCUAACAGCGAGGAGAAGCCUGCCAUGAAAUCUAAAAAGAAGAAGUCUCCAAACAAGGUCGACACGCCCGAAUUGCAGAAUGAGAAAUUACCGCCGUCGAAUUUGGGGAUGUCCCAUAGCGUGUCCAGUUUGUUAGGGCCGGGGAAUCAGAAAUCUAGGAAAAACGAGCAGAAUACUAUUUCAGUGGCGCCAGUGGAGAGUUCUAUGCCUCAAUCGCGGAUCCUCACCUCGACUGGUCGGCAACCAAUGCCUAUUCCUCACGAACAUUUAAGUGCAAUGCACCACUCAGGAGGGUCCAUAGUUCCUAGUCAUCCGGCGGGCGUUUCACCUGGAUUGGAUAAAGCCCCGCCCACCGCGCCGCUGUCCACCAAUCCCGUACCCGGUCAGGCCUAUCCCGUACCUAAUCCACCCCCUGAAGGCUAUGGACAAUAUCCAGGAUACGGAAUGGGGUACGGCGGGUACCCCAAUCCCGCUUACUAUGGCGGGUAUGGUGGCGCGGGGUACUACCCUCCGUACGGGGCUCCGCCCGCCGCGCCGCCCUACGCCCCGCCCACCGCUCCACCGCACGCCCCGGACUACCUGCCCCCCAAUCCACAGUGGUAGACUAGGCUGACUAAAAUGUGAAAAAUACUCGAAAUAAUAACAUAAGUGUGACUUUAAACACGUGAUUCCCGCAAAGUUUACCGAUUGUAUUCGCGAUUUAAGUGACGGUAGUGUUUAUUUCCUAUUUUGUAAUUGAUGCAUGUUAACUUCCAGUUAAAAUACGACGUAUUCCCAUUGUUUAGUUCUCAGUGUUUAUGUUGAAAUGGAGGACGACGUUCGAGCCUGAAAUCGUUUGGCGUAGCAAUCGGUGUGACGAAUUACCGUGGCAAGAGGAACUAAUCUCAAAGUGGACAUUUUUCAUCGGCAAACUCUAUGAUAUGUUUUAGUACUUACAUAAUAAUACAUUAUUAGAAUGCUAAUAAGUAUAUGCCGAUUUCGAGUGAACAAACUAAAUGUAUGUGAAUAAUUUAAUUCGUGAAACUAAACUUUAACAACCAGUGAGUGUAGAACUUAUAGUACAUAUUCAACCCCAUAAACCUAGACGCGCACUGUGAUUAUAAUGUUCAAUUGGCAGUUUUAUAAUACAAUUUUUACUCGAAUUUGUGUAGCGCGCAUCUAUAGCAAUGUGAUUACAAUUGUUACGAUAAAUAAUUUCGGAUGUAAUCUCAGUGCGCUUCAGGAGUGAGCGAACGAAUUGAUGUUUAGUGAUGUUUCUCCAUUAUUAUGGCUAUGUCGGUCGAUGGAUGUGAUAUGUUGCUGAAUUAGUUUUAAGCGUGUAUGGAGUAUUUAUCAAACUAAAUAAGUAUAGCUUAGAUAGGCGCCCAUAGAUAUCUUAGAAAUUAGUCCUCAUUUAAUCAUUCAACAGGCCCGUGAGAUGUGGCGGUCAUAUCUAACUUAUUUUCAUGUUUUUCUUAUCUUUAUCAAUGUUUUGUAUUACAAUGUGAUCUGAAAUUGUAAACGUAUACUUUACUACCAAAAUUUCUAUUUUUUCUUUGGUGUGUGUUUCGAAAGUAAUUUUUUUUGUAGUAUUUUAGGUUUUUUGCGAUAUUUUUAGUGAUUAUUUAGGCUCAAAUUUUUGCUGUUAACUAUGACUCACAUGUAAAGGCAUGUGUUGACUUGAAUAAAUCUGUACAUUUUAAGUAUGAUUAUUUUAUCAAGUUAUCGUAGAUAUAACUAUUUAAUUUAAUGAAAUCCAUCUGCUACGCAUUUAGCGUAUGCAUACUCGUCUAAAUGAACGAGAUUUUAUUCUGGUCAUUUGCAAUGUGUAUAGAGAAAUUACACGUUGCUUAUAGUAGGACAUAGUCGAAUCUAUAUUGACUACUAAGGAUAACUUAGUUGCCAAAACCUAUUUUGUGAUUUUAUUUACUAUAACACUGGUAUCAGGAACAUAAUAACAUCUAUUUAAUUCGUUGUCAUAUUUUCUGAUCAAUUUUUCCAACAGUAUUAUUAUUAUUUCGCUUUUUAUAAGGUUACGAAAUCAAAGAGAUUUUAUUAAUAAUGGUAAUUAUUAAGAUACCAUGAAAGCUAUUGGUACUUACCAACACAAAUGCACAAAAAUCUAACAGUAUAUAUAUAUUUAAAAUAAAUUGCAAAGCUAUUAUUUUGAACAACAGUUAUAAUAACCCUUUAACGAUAGAUCUCAUAUUUGUGCAAAAGUAAUUUUCGGGCAAUAACGAUACCGUUAUUGUUUGCACACCAGAUAAAAAGUAGAAAGUCUCAUUUCAUCCGACGUUCUUCCAAACAUGAUCUGUGUAUGUUGUCCUGUGUACAAAUAGUGUUCGGCAUAAAUGUUCGAAGUGAUACAUUAUACAUUGCAUUUUAAAUUGACAUAGUAAUAUGCCGGCGAUAUCCAAUAAAUAAUAAACAGUA